UGAGGUUGUUUCUCUUCGUGUUUCCUUAAGAUGUGACCCAUUGGAAGCACCUUGGUUGCGGAAAAGAAACAGAGAGAAACCAGCGCGAUUAUGUUUAGCUCUUGGAUUUUCGCGAGAGUUGCAUUUUACCCAUCUUUGCUAUGGGGAAUAGUCACCGAGAGUGCUACCAAAAGAUGGUACGACCGUGUAGACACUAACGUUAUUUUGGGGGCAUUACCGUUUAAGAGUCAAACUAAAGAACUUGUGGAAAAUGAAAAUGUCCGAGGAGUGGUAACCAUGAAUGAAGACUACGAGACAAGAUAUUUUGCUAACAGCAAAGAGGAAUGGGCAGAGUGGGGUGUUGUGCAAUUGCAGCUGGCUACAAUCGAUUUUAACAACGCACCAUCUCAGGAGAUGCUCCAGAGGGGAGUGGGGUUCAUUGAAAAGAUGAAUAGGAAUGAAAACAGUGUUUAUGUUCAUUGCAAGGCAGGAAGAGGACGAAGCACAACACUAGUGGCUUGUUAUCUGAUGAAGGCCAAGAGAUUAACACCAGAGGGAGCAUAUCAGUACAUCAAAAGUAAACGACCUCAUAUCCUUCUUGCUCCUCGGCAGUGGGAAGCCAUUAAAGUGUUUCAUAAGAAUCUGUCACAAGAUGAACAUGAUGAAACAUGAUUCAUAAAAUGUUCAACAAGUUACUGAAUUAAUAUAUUUUUGUAAAAUUGUAUAACA